AGUUUCCGAGGUGACGAAAUGAGAAAGCAGCAACAAGAAAAUUCAUUCCUCCGCUCAAGAGACAGAUUCAUUCGUUAGACCAGAGACAGAUAACAUUCAGGCAGAGAGCAAGAAGAAGACCUUGACAGAGUGGAUAUAGCACUGCAUUUAUUGCAACAGCACCGCCCGUAUAUCCAACAGCCAUGCCAACUACUCGAAGUAAACACGAGCAAAGGAAAUGCCCUCCAUUAUCAAAGGAAGAUGAUGAUCCCACGGAGGCUGCUGUUUCCAGUCCAUCCAAGGCAGAAGCCGGUCCUACUACAUGUAGUAAGAAUGCUAGUGCUAGUCCAACCCGGCGCAUCAGUCCUCGCAAGCGCAAGCUCCGAACGUUUGACGACUACGUGGUGGGGUAUGGAGGUGGAAGGGCCAAACAGCGAGAAACUGUCGAUUGUCAAAAGCAGACUUCAAAUAGCGAGAAUUCUCCCACAAAGACUACGGUCACUCCCCCAAAGUCGGAGGGCAAGUUGGUGGGCGCCAGGGCAAAGACACCCACUCAGGUGACACCCAAAACAACGCCAAGCCCAAAGAAAACUCCUACCAAGGCAAAAGCUACCCCUAAAGGAAGGGCUGUGAAGGAAGCAAAGAAGGAUACCCCUGAUACGUGUAGUAUUGCAGAUCCACCCAAUACAACUACUGCCAAUGAUGCAGCGAGUGAAGAAUCCACUGAUAAAAUUGCAGAGAAGCAAGACACGGAUACUGAUUCUUCUACGCCUGCUACAAGUAUUAGUGAACAACGACCUGAUAGUCCCUCCACGAGUGCUGAUACCCCCAAACGAUCCAACGCUUCCGGUAGCACUGCCACUACUGAUCAAGGACCAAAAGACCAACAACCCCACGAACAUUCCAAACAGCACAACAUGCCCACGACACCCAUGCAGCGAGCUCAGUUUGGCAGGCCUCGUCGCUACCAACAUUAUCCCACCUAUUCGCCCGUGAGACAAGACGAUGGCACGGUGCUCCGUGCUCCUCCUUCCAGAAUGGCAUGGAGAAAACCACCACCCAUUCCUCCCCCCUGGUCGGUAUAUCAACAUCAUCACUUUGCUGCUGCUGGCAGGCCAGGAAUGUAUCCGUCCGAUGCAUGGCACCACGACAGUCAUCAUUAUCGUUCCAGAACACCCCCGUUGUUGUCAAGUCCUGUGCCUAGUAGUAGCAGCCGACAGUGCCAGGAUCUGCCACCAUCACAUGCAUUACCGUCCGUGACGCCAACCUUGCCACCCCGUUCAUGGAAUCCAGGGUAUCAGCACCAUCCGCGCCAGCAUCAGCAUCAUCAUUGGGGUGGUGGUGAGGGAUAUUCCAUGCCGUUUCACCCGGCCAACAGCAUGCCACAUCAUCCUUCCAAUUGGACUCCCGUGAGGCCUGCACAGCACCACCAUACCGGUAGUGAACAUCCUCCCGAGCCUCCGGCGGAGGAUCGCCACAGCCCCAGUAGUAGUAGCUACAGCUACGAACGUGCCCGCCAACAGUUGGACAAGAUUCUCAAUGAUGCUGCUGCCGCGGAUCAUGGAGAUUUGGCAGCCGCCAUGGAUGCCUUGAUGGCGGUACUCUACAGUGGCACACCGCCUCAACAACAACACAAGGUGGAGGAGGAUUUGUGCCACGUACUCUUCCACUCGUUUGUGCCUACGUAUCCGGCAGCCUUUCGGGAAACACUGAUUCAACAAGCCAAAGCAUUUUUGCAACGAGAAGGGUAUCGGGUGACACCACGGGAAGAUAGCCAUGGAGGACGAGGCGUAGAUAGCUAGUCUAGGUUGUGAGGCGGGGAUAAAAAAGACAAUCCAGGAGAGCGAGAUGAGGCAUGUUUGUAAACUGCUUGGAACCAAUACCCAUGCAGGUUGUAUGUCUAGCUAGCAUGUCCACCUAUCUCUUCUUUUUACAUGGAUUGAAUCUUUCCUGAAAGUAACUCGCGUUUGUGAUUGUC